AUGAAAAGCGAGAAAAAUUUCUCUGAUAGUUCUAAGAAAAAGUGUCCGAAAUCUGUGCCAGUCUUUUUUCCCCCAAAUUUUUGUCUUUUUCCACCAUCAUCAGUGAAUUGUCUCAACCCAGGCUCUUUUGCAGCAAUACACAAAAAAACUCGAGAUAUUUCCCCCGAAUGGUUCGAGGGACUUCGUUUGCGAUGUGCCAAGAAUCUUGAUGUCAAUAAAGGAUUUUAUUUCGACUGGAUGGUGGGGAACAAUACACCAGCCGGUUGUCGUUUUGGUGGCAUGUUGUGUCGAAAGGAUUACAAUAUCACGAAAACGCCCUUGAUUAUCGUCGAUACUAAUCCCAGCACGUUGGCAACAAACCUUCACUUUUUGCAUCAUCCCUUGCCUGAAAUUAGACUCGAGAGCAAAAUACAAACAGGCGUUGUGCCUUCUCGAUCUCAAAAAUUCAUCGGUUCACUCGAAUACUUGGGCGAAAGCUCGACAAUUUCGUUAGCAUUCUACAAUCCGAAAUGUGAUGCGGGUCGCAUGACAAUUGGCUUUUUGCACAGCCUCAACAACAAAUUUUGUGCCGGUUUCGAAUUGCUGACAUCGUGGAGAGGUAGAAAGGAGAGGCGUGAGUUUGAAGCCAGUCUGGCUUUAGCUGCAAGGCAGUCAUUCGAUAAAAGCUCAGCAGCUAUAUCAGUGUCAAAAAACGCAUUAAAUAUUAGUGGAUGGCAUCAAGCGAACGAUUCAUUGCAGCUCGGUGCUUCAAUGAUUUUCAAUUGGCAAACAUCAAAAGCUCUCGGAUCGCUUUAUUAUCAACUUGAGACGAAAAAUGCUAUUAUAAAGGGAAUGUUUGAUUCAGAUUGGUCGAUUGGAUGUACAUACAACAGGUAA